AGGAGUGUGGCUGGGGUCGAAGCCGGGGUUCCGUCCCGGCUGGGCUGCCGCCCCUUCUGGACUGCUGCAAUGGAACUCAGCGCCGAAUACCUCCGGGAGAAGCUGCAGCGGGACCUGGAGGCAGAGCAUGUGGAAGUCGAGGACACGACUCCCAACCGUUGCGCGUCCAGCUUCCGAGUCCUGGUGGUGUCAGCCAAGUUCGAGGGGAAGCCGCUGCUUCAGAGACACCGGGCCCGGGGACCUCCAGCGUCCUGGGUCACCCUGCUUUCUGGGACCACCACUGAGACUCCGGCCUUCCAUUUCCUCGCCCCAUCUCUCCCCCAGGCUGGUGAACACGUGCCUGGCAGAAGAGCUCCUGCACAUUCACGCCUUUGAGCAGAAAACCCUGACCCCAGAGCAGUGGGCCCGUGAGCGCCAGAAAUAAGAGCCCAAGGCCCACACAGCUAUUAAAUUAUGAAUCAGGACCA